GCCUGUCGACUUUACCGUGUACACGCUUAAAAAGAUCAAGGUUGAAUCAGCACAGAAUGGUUACACCUGCCAAGAGGAGCCAAUGGAGGCAGCUGAUCUUACUUUGAAUACACUGAAGGGGGGACAUGGGGGGCCAUACUGGAAGAAUCAGGGAAUACCAGAUGUGCUCACCUCACCUGCACCUCCUCCAAGGUGCUAUUCAACACAAAUCUCUUCAAAAACACGUCAGCCAAUUCCUGAAAUCAGGAUUGCAAAUGCAGAUGAAACACCUGCAGACCCACAAAGACAGAAAUCAAGCUCCGUAUUUUCAGCCAUCGGAGGAGCCAUUGGGAUGUCUUCUAACUCUGAUGUACGUAAACCUACUACAUCACCCUCAGUGUCUACGAAGGUUUCAGAGACUUCAAAGAUUUCACCAAAUCAGACUCCUUCAGCUUCAAAAAUACCAGGACCUGUUCAAGUGGGAAGGAAACUGCCAACACCACCAACUAUUAAUAAAGCAGACAGCUCUUCAUCUCCUCCAGCACAGCCGGCUUCUGUUCGGAGUCUGCCCACUGCCCCCCCCUCAACUGAGUCCCCACAGAGACCCCGGCUUGCAAGGCAGCUGUCUCAGGCAGAUAGACCCAGAGCAUUAUCACAAGCAAAUAAGCCGACAGUCACAGGGACAGUUGAUGUAAGUAAAGCCAGCAGCAAUUCAGCAGUGGACAAAACAUCCUCCCUGUCUAAAAAUCUCCCUCAAGAUUCGUCUCCGAAAGUAACACCAAAGUUACACAUACUGAAUGAAUCAGUUUCAUACAGUGAAGCCUACCUCUACAAAAGAAGUCAUACCUUUGGAACUCCCAUUGGUUGUCAAAUCAGCAAUAAAGUUAUGGAUUGUUCAGCCACAAUAAAUAAAGACAAAAAUAUAAAAGUAAAAGAAGCAAAAGUUGUCAACAAAGAUUCAACAAAACAAGACGAAGCUGUUGACUGUACAAAGUACAAGCUGAAAAGAUUAAAACAGAAGCAAAUGGAAACUAAGGCAGAUGUUGACUUGCAUGUCAACACCACAGUUGCUGUAGACCUGACAAAACUGACAGAGGAAGAUGAAGCUGAGUGGCACAAUUCAGAAUAUCCCCCUGUGGUUGCACCACAAGAGAGUCCAAAAGUGCCAGAUCCGCGUAAACAUUCUCCGACCAACUAUGGGCCACUUGAUCAGCACAGCCAAUCAGGGAAGAGAUCAUCCAUACCAGUGAUUAGAGUUGGCGUUGCCUCUUCUACAAAUACCCAAAGACCACCAGUCUCCCAGAGUGGAACAAACCAAACUCGCGUUUCAGCUUCUGGCGAAGGUGCGAAAGACAUUUCAUCCAAACCAUCUCUUAAAUCGUCUAGUGAAUUGUCAAAAGGUUCUGACACUAAAAUAAAGUCAUCAGCUGCACCAAGCUCUGUUAUUACUCAUAAACCAUCAAGCAGCGAUAGUGAUCUCAGACAAACAGCAAAAACUGGAGUGAGGCAACCUGUACCAAUUGGGGCAACUGGUUUUACACCGCAGAUUCCUGUUGCCCCUAGAAGAGGACAUUUUACACCUCAUUUCUAUCAGUCCAAUGGAAAAGCUCAAAAAUAUCAGGAGACCACUGCACCAGCAAACUCAAUUAAAGCUACAUUAGACAUGUCUGCCAGGACAACAACCCGGCAAACCCAAACUCAAGACCUGCAAACCGUUGUGCCAUCAACGGAUUGUGUCUCUGAGGCACUGUCAUUGACAAAAAGAACACCACGUAUUUCUGAGGUGGCAGAUAAAAGUCCUAGUCAUCAUGGAUCCAUUGACUUGUCCUAUAGAGGAGACUCCCUGGAUUCUCUAGGACAAACAGCAGAGCAGAUCCAUUCACUACCUAUUGAGGAACAUCGUUCUCAUUCUAUAAUGGAUAAUCAGGUCAGAUGUUCCGUUAGGAAAGAGGAGAUUCCAUCUGGUAGAAUUAGGCGUCAUUACCAAGACAGCAAACUCUUUUCAGUCAGUCCUCUGAAUCCCUUGAAACCUGUAUACUGUCCCAGCAGGCCACAGCACCAGCCAACACAGUUAAGGCCAUAUUAGAUAUGUCUGCCAGGACAACAAUCCAGCAAACUCAAACUCAAGACCUGCAAACCGUUGUGCCAUCAACGGAUUGUGUCUCUGAGGCACUGUCAUUGACAAAAAGAACACCACGUAUUUCUGAGGAGGAAUAUAAAAGGCCUAGUCAUCAUGGAUCCAUUGACUUGUCCUAUAGAGGAGACUCACUGGAUUCUCUAGGACAAACAGCAGAGCAGAUCCAUUCACUACCUAUUGAGGAACGUCGUUCUCAUUCUAUAAUGGAUAAUCAGGUCAGAUGUUCCGUUAGGAAAGAGGAGAUUCCAUCUGGUAGAAUUAGGGCGUCAUUACCAAGACAGCAAACUCCUUUCAGUCAGUCCUCUGAAUCCCUUGAAACGUGUAUACUGUCCCAGCAAGCCACAGCACCAGCCAACACAGUUAAGGCCAUAUUAGACAUGACAUCUAAAUCCUCUGCCCAAUGGAAAGAGGUGGUUUUGGAACCAAGAAGAGAUGAAGCUGUACCACUAAUGAGAGGCAAACCCAGUGUCCGUGAACUUGCGCGAAUGAAUUCUGUGGGUGUACCACUAGUUGUAGCUAUCCCUGAUCAGGACCCAGUUUGUGACAUUAUGAUCAGCUCCCCUCAGUACCACUCAAGUUCUAUUCUUUAUCAACCACAAUCUGAGCAAAGCAAACCUGGUGUCUUUGCUGAGUCAAAUCUCUUAACUUCACAGCCAUCAACCACUUAUCAAACCUUUCAGUCAUCCACUCCAGCUAAAUCCAUCACAGCUGUAGCACUGGAUAUGUCACCCAAGCCGAGCCAAGCCACAAUGGAGACAAUCAUGCCAGAAUAUGAGUCUAUUCAAAGGGAUGCAGUUUCCCUUGUUAAUAAGCCAAGUGCAAGAGAAGUUGCCAGACAAGGUUCUGUUGGUGUUGCUUUGGUGGUUGAACCAGCACCACUGGAGUCAUCAAGCCACAAACAACCUCAGACCAUGGUUCCAGUGCAAAAACAGCCAACCCUGGAUAGACAUAUUGCUCCAGUUCUGCAUGAGCCACUCCACAACAGUAAGACAGUCCACUGCUCCAGGGCAAAUGAGACUAAUUAUAUGUCACAGUCCAUUAUCCAACCUUAUCCACAUCUUACUGCUCCAGCAAAUUCUGUCAAAGGCAUGCUCGAUAUGUCAACAAGGACAUAUACAUCAGAGAAAGUGCUAAACAUUUCCGAUCCAGUAUCACUGGUAAGAACAAGGGCAACAAGUUAUGCACAUUGUCAAAUGGAUUUUGAUGGUGUUCCACUAAUUGUGGAAACACAGCCGACUCAAGCACAACCUCAAAGGCAACCGACACCGGUAGGAAGGCAAAAAAAGAUGCAACAAUCUGUGCACAGGGAAUCUCAAGACGCUGAACAAAGACCAUCAGCACCUGCUAACUCCAUAAAAAGCUUCUUAGACAUGUCUCCACAAACACAGCAGAAACCAUUAGAAAUUGCUCCUCAUAUUGUGCCAACUGAAGCUGUGCCAUUGGUCAUAAAUAAGCCAAAUGUAAGAUAUAGUUCCGUUGGUGUACCACUCAUCGUGGAGCAAUCUACGCAUCAACAAGCACGACAGGACUUGAGCGGCAUCAGCACAACUGAAACACUGCACAGGCAGAUAUCUACCCACCAUAGUAACCAAGUCUUUUCUGGUUCCAAGACCACCUACAAGGACACACACCAACAAAAUAAGCCAGUGGACUUCAGCGCAAAAGACAGCCUGGUCACAACUAACAUUUCAAGAAAUCACAUUCAACCAGAUGAUGGACGGCCCAUGAAUUACACUAAUAAGCCUUCAAGUAAAGAAAUGUUUGAAAGAAUGCAAACUGAAAAGCAAGUAAAAAAUAAACCAUUAUUUGGAAUUGUUGACCUAACUGUGGAUCCUCCAAACAAAGCCAUAGUCAUCAGUAACCAAGAUGCAAAAGAUCUGUCCUCCCCUCAUGUGUCUUCUCAGUCUCAAAGUAGUCUUUGUUGGCAGCAGCAGUAUAUACCUCCACCCACUCCUCAGGAAGUCAAAGAAGAUACAACUGUUUCUCAGUCAUUGCAAUAUAUGGACUAUUCCAGUGAGAAACAGACCACCACUCAACCUGGAACAUAUAGCAGAAGGCAGUCAGGAACAGGAUUGAACUCUGAACCAGUGAAUAUGUCAGAUUCUUCUUGGAUUCCUGUUCAAAGAGAAAUGCAGCCUCCUCCUCAACACUUUGCUCCCCAGACGAUGCAGGAUGGUGCACGUACUAUGUUCUCGCUAAAUGGUGCACAUCAACAUGUCAGUAAUGUAUAUGUUGAAUCCAAGAAGCCUGAUCAUUUGCCUGCAAAUAUACCUCAGUUACAAACACAACAUUCAGUCCCAAAUCUACAAUACCAGCAACCUGGUAUGGAAACUGCUUGGAAUUUAUCCUUUGUUCAGUCUCAACCAAAACCUCUUGCGUUGCAAAGACAAGAUACUAUUGUUCGACAUGACAUUCCCCCAAGACCCAAAAUUCUUAUCAAGCAGGCAACGGAGGAGAGCUAUGGCAGCGCUGAGGAAAGUCCAGCAGAAUGUGGAUCAAUGACAAGUAAUGGACAGUCAUUGCCCCCCUUUUCUAUCCAGCAACCACAUGGUAUAUCCCAAACUGUUCCCACCCCACAGCCACAUAGUCAACCACUGCCUGCUUUGAAUAUUCAGCGAGAGGAUGAUAGACACAAAAUAGAUUAUUCUCUUCAAUCUUUGAACCAGUCAGUGCAAAGCAGUGCAAGUCGUGAUUAUCGUGCAAAAGAACCUCCUCGACUCUCUAAACAACCUAAUCUAAGCCAAAGUCCUGCCACUGUUGAGCAAUAUCAAAAAGAUGCUGGAGCCAUGACAUCAUCAUCCAUCACAAAACAUGAGCCAACGCCUGGUAUGCAAGUAAAGAGAAGUAAUCUGAACCAGGGCAGUGGAGCUGUAACUGAAGGACCAGUGGUAUCCUUACCACCAGCAGGAUCCAGUUCUGUUAAGGGUUUGAUUUCAGUAUUUAGUGGUUUGGGAUCACAAACAGGUGCUGUUCACCACACUCAUAUUGUUUCUACAUCUGUGGAUCACAGGACAGACAUUACUCCAACACAGACUGCUUUCAGCCAUGUUGCAGUUGACAUUGAAGAAACUCCCCCAGCAACUCCUGUUGUUAAGACACCAGAGACGAUGGUUCUCAGCCCCCAGACGCCUGCUGUGCCAAGUACCCGGCCUCGAACACCAGCUAUUGUUAGUGUGCAAGAUGACUCUGCUUCUAAAAUACCCAGUGAUGGUAACAUUGGUUUAACCAGGAUAAUCCCUCUGGAAUCCCAAACUGCUAAUAUUGAAUCACAAUACAGAGGAAACGGUUCCAUGAUAAGUGGUGUGAGCCCUCAAACAUCCCCAUUGAUGCCUCCUGUGACCUCUCCCUCCAGUGAGUCACCAGUCUAUGGCUUCAAGCUUAUAUCUAUUUCCCAAGACAACCAGCAACCAGAGGAAACAUUAAAUGUCAGCCCAGGGAAAGAAUUGCCCCAUCUCGAUUCUUCACCAACAAAUCUACAAGAUACAAUGACACCGAAAAUAAUUCUAAGUGAAGGCAGUCCAGAGAAAACAGAAACAUUGACUGAGGUCCAGGAAAUUGGCCAUCCAAGGUCAAUCUACAUUGGCAUUAAUUACCCAGGAGUAACUCCUGUUGAUACCGAGCAAAAGCCUUACGUUAGACUUCCCCAUAUUUUUGUCUCAGCUGCAAGUUCACCAGAAGAAGAGACAAAUGAACAUGAGGUCAAAGAAUCUAACAAGCCUGAACUGCCACCAGUCAGUGCUUCUGAAGAAACCACUCCCACUGCAGUGACAGCACCGGACUGUAAGGAAUCUUUAUCUACUGAUAUUGUUGCACAAUCUGAUAUUUCUGAGGUUGCUAUGGCUGCAGAAAUCAAGUCCACAGAAGAACUCUUUGAACCAAAGCAGAUCACGACUGAUUCAUCAGCGAUGUCUGAUAUAUCAGAGGAUGCUAGGACUACAGAAAUCAGAAACACAGAGAUAAUCGUCGAAUCAGAGCAGGUCAAGACCUGCUCACCAGAGAUGUCACCUGAACUGACUACAGAUUGUAAGCAUACAAAUGAAAAUGACUCACAGCACAUCCUGACCAUGAAAACCUCAACCACAGAGGCUACCAUUUCUGAAGCUGAAGAAAGAGCAGAGACUAGAGAAGAUUGUGUGUCAUCAGCCGAGUUGUCUCCAAUGAGCAGAAAAUCUGACAAAUCAGACAUAACCCCAGAAACGAAGCCUCAGACUGACUUGCCCUGCCAGUCUGACAACACAACUGUAGCGGAAGCACCACAAGAAAGUCCUAAACCUCUUGAAGACUUGGCCCACAAAGAUGAUAGCACAUUGUCCGAUGUUGUCUUGAUAACAGAAGAUCAGUCUUUGGAUAAGUUGUCACAGAAAGAAGAUUCAUCAGUGUCAGAUGUAAAAUCACUUGGAGGCGAACAGCAGAUUCAUGACAAAACUGAAAUUGAUGUCACUAAAUCUUCUUCUGAGCCCAAACUUGACAAACCUCCCACAGAGGAAAUAAUGACGUCUAAAGAGGAUAGUUUAGAUGUCAAGGUUCAUGACCCUAAGCCUGAAGAGCAUAAGCCUGAAGAGCAUAAGCCUGAAGAGCAUAAACCUGAAGAGCCUGAGCAUUCAGGAAAAGGCUUAUUUUCUGUAUUUAGUGGCUCCAGUGCAACCCCACAACAGACACCCUCCCAAACUGGAUUAUCAAUACUAGGGGGCAUUCUUCCAGGCUCAUCUACUAAAGACACUCCUGGAACAGGGUUACUCUCAAUGUUUGGUGGAUCCAAUUCACCAUCUUCCCCUGGAUCCAAAGAUCCACCACUGUCCACCCCACAGGAGCCUCAGGGUAAAGGAUUGUUCUCAAUGUUUGGUGGACCUAGUAGUCAGCCACCAUCUAGCCCAAGAGGUCCAACUGUUGGAGGUGUGCGGCCUAGAGGUCCUCCACCCAAAGAACCUCCAGGCAAAGGGCUGUUUUCCAUGUUUGGUGCAUCUGCACCUCAGCAACCACCCAGUCCCAGAGGUCAACAUGGCGGUAGUGCUGCACCAAGAGGACCUUCCACUGGAUCUUCUAUAUUUGGUGGCAUUCUCCCAGGUUCUACUGCAAACAAAGAUACCUCUGGCUCAGGUUUGUUUUCCAAGUUUGGAGGUCUUGGUUCCCAGCCCCAAGCUGGACCUAGAGGACCCACGCCUGGACCAACAGUUACACAACCAGAACCUAGAAGUUCGGAGCUCCCUGGAAAAGGAUUGUUCUCUAUGUUUGGUGGACAAUCCCAGCAGGCACCAGAAGCACAUCCUGCAGCUCCCAAACCACCUGAAUCAGAGGGUAUUUUCAAAGUUCCCUCUGUGUUUUCACUCGGUGGAAGUUCUGAUGGUAACAAAUCUAAAACAGGGUUUGGCCUGUUUGGAAUGUCUUUUAUGGAGGAAACCAAAACAGAGCCAGAAAUAACUGUAACUGCAAAGGAGGAGAUUAUCUCAGAACAAGUGAAAUCAUCAGAAAAGAAAGACGCUCCAGAGGAAGCAAAGACUAACAUUGUUGAGGCCACAGAAAACGUCCCCUCUGAGUCUAUUUCCCCUCUAGUUGUUGAGGUGGAACAAAAAGUUCAAGAUUCAAACUUGAACAUCACUGAAAGAAAUACUGAAACUUCUGCUCCUCCAACUGAUCCAUGCCAAGUUGACAAAGUAGACACAAUACAAGAUCACUUACCUUGUGAUGAAAGUACAACGGUUUUGGUUGAUGCUUCUAUCACAGACACACCGAGUGUGACCAGUAAUCUACAUGAGGAAGAGACACAUCUGGAUCAGAAAGCUGCACAACGAGUACAUGAGGAACAGUCAGACAACCGAAAAGAAUCCAAUGAAAUGAAAGAUACAGUGAACGUGGAGAAAGAAUUUGCUGAAUCAGAAACAGAAACUCUUAAAGUUCAGAACACAGAUGAUAAUACUGACUUAGAACUAAAAAGCCCAUCAGAAAAAAGUGAUGACAUGCAGAUGCCAGAAAGCGUCUUAGACGAUAAAGACAAAAACACGAGAUCAGAUAUUACUGAAGUGGAACAUGUCAAUGCUGCUGUUGGAGGAGAGAUAAUUCCUGAAGUAGAAAAACAAGCUGAGGAGCCACUGAAAGUUGGAAGUGAAGAAGAAACAGCUGUUGCAGAUGUGAAAGAAUCAACUGAGGAGCUUUUGGAAGUUUCCGGUGAAGACAAAACAGCAACUGCAGAUAUGGACAAAAUUACUAAGGAACCUAUAAAUGUUAUUGAUGAUGAUCAAGCAGCUGUUGCACAAGUACAAACAUGCACUGAAGAGGUAACUGUAGAUGAUUCAGUUAAAGCAGAUAUGGAGAAACCUUCUUCAGAAUCUGCAAUGGUUGCACUUACAGAGACUUCAGUUCCAGAAUCAGUAAAUUCUGUUGAAGAAGACUUGAAGGCAACAUCUGAUGAGACUGCAAAGGAGUCAACCGAGACAAAAUUACCGCUUGGAGAAGCUAGUAUCGAAACCAUUCACGGAUUGGAGAAACCUACUGAAAGCAAUUAUGUUGCAGUAGUUUCACCAAAAGAUGAAGAGAACACUGUUGGUACCAAGUCACCAGAAAUAGUGACAUCUCAAGCUGUGGAGCCUCCAAAAGGUCCGUCAUUGGGACCUGCUAGUCCUCUACCACAUCAACAGCCCAGGCCAGGCAUGGUCAGGCCAUCUGGCCCACCAGGACAAAGAAUGGGAGGUCCACGAAUGGGAGGUCCACGAAUGGGUGGACCAAGAAUGCCAGGACCAAGACAUCCAGGACCACAGAAGCCCCCCGAAAGUGCCCCAUUGUCUGGCUUUAUGUCUAUGUUUUCCACUCCAAAUGCCCCAAGUAAACCAUCAGCUGUUGGUGGAUUUUUUUCUAGUUCCCCUGGUUCGUUUUUUGGAUCAUCGCCUGCUCCUAAACAGCCACAACAAAAACAACAACAACAACAGCAACAGCAGAAAAGCUUUUUUGGCCUCCCAAGUAGCAUUGGCACAGAAUCCCUUACCAGUGACCUAUUAGGUAUAUUCAAAGGCUCUGAGGCAACUAAAUCUGAGGAACAACAACAGUCUGGCUCAGAUGCUAAACAAGGGGACACCUCUGCAAACGUUACAGUCUCUGAGAGCACUGAAAAGACUGAUGCAGAGAGAACACCUUUACCUGGAGAUGUGCAUGUGAAAAGCACUGAGGAAACUGAGGUUCCUGAAAAAGGUUUAGUGGAAGAGGCAGAAGGAACAGACAAAACAGAGGAAGAAGAAAGUUCUUUGACAGAAUCCAACAUGAAAACUGAUCUCCCUGAGAAAAAAGCUGAGGAUGAUGAGUCUUCUGAGCAUUUAAGGUCUCCAGGUUCUGCAGUGCUUGACAAAGCUGAACCCCACCCAGCCCCUGAAAGCAAAGGGAUGUUUGAAUUACCGGGUCUGUCUGCCUCCAAAUUCGGUUUUAUGUCUGUAGCUGCUGAAGGUACAUCAUCUAUUGGAUCACUUUUCUCCACCACUCCAUCUCCUGCCACAGGUGCAAAGGCACCACAGCCACAACAGACAGAAGGUGGCCUCUUCUCUGGUUUUAAAAACCUUUCAGCUGGCAUUUUCCAGGAUGAAAAGCCGACUGGAAAGGAAGAAACAUCAUCUGCUUCAUCUAUGUUUGGUAUGAAACUUGGCUCAAUGUUUGGGAGCUCUGACCCUCCUAAACCCGAAUCCCCCACUCCGGUGAUCACAGCCCAACCUCAGUCUCAAAGUCAAAAACCUACAGAGGAAGAUGGCGAUCCAGAAUCUGAGAAACUUUCCCAAGGUUCGGAAGAAACAGGAAGUGCAGAUGCCAGUGAUACAGAAGGACCAACGGAAACUUCAAAAACCGGAAGCAGUGACACGUUGGCACAGUCGCAGUCUGGCCUCCCCUCAGAUUCUUUAGCAGAAGGUUUGGAUAAACCCCAGUUAAAGAUCACGACAUGUGAGGUUGAUAAGAUUGAAGUUGACACACAAGACACCAUGCAUGCAGAUUUGGACUCUGAGCAGCCGAAGGACCUGUUGACAAAGGAAGCUGCAAGAAGCCCACCGGACAGCAGUCGGUUCGAUUCCUCAGGGAACCUCAGUCCGGUCAGCUCCCAGCUCAGCUCUGAACCCGAGGAACGCCAGUACCCAGAGUCCUGCCACCCCAGAGGCCCUCAUCCCCCCCUCCACAGCCAGCCGUCGACCUGGGACGAGGAGGAGGAGGAAGAGGAGGAGGAUGAGAAAGAGCUGCGUCCGAUCCCAGAGCCUGGGUCCAACAAAGAUUUAAAGGACUCUGCCGUCGUUCUGCCAAAACCGAUCCUGGACAACCAUGACAACAAGACUCAGACUAAAAUCAGUUUCUUUGAAGACGGUCCUCCACCCUGCUCCCCGUCCAAAGUCCGCUGGCUGAAAGCAUACAACAAAGUGAGAGCACAGCUGCUCGAGAGCCGAGAUCAAGAUGGUGACCCCAGCAAGCACCCGUGGGCCAAGCCAGGGGGAAACACCCCCUUUGGCAUUGACAGCAUGCCCGACCUUCGCAAGAGGAGGCCCAUUCCCCUCGUUAGUGAACUGGCGAUGUCUAUGAUACAGUCCAGGAAAGCUGGACUCGCCCACACACUGGCCACACGGACGUCCCUGAAAGAUGAAGAGCUUAAAACCCACGUGUACAAAAAGACGCUGCAGGCUCUGAUCUACCCCAUCUCCUGCACCACGCCCCACAACUUCGAGGUCUGGACCGCCACCACGCCCACGUACUGCUACGAGUGCGAGGGGCUGCUGUGGGGAAUUGCCCGACAAGGCAUGCGCUGUGCCGAGUGCGGGGUGAAAGUGCACGAGAAGUGCCAAGAGCUGCUGAAUGCUGACUGUCUGCAGAGAGCAGCCGAGAAGAGCUCCAAGACGGGGGCGGAGGACCGGACGCAGCACAUCAUCAUGGCGAUGAAGGACAGGAUGAAGAUCCGCGAGAGGAACAAGCCGGAGAUCUUCGAGGAGAUCCGGAGGGUGUUCGACAUCUCCAAGAUGAUCCACGCGCAGUACAUGAAGGGCAUCAAGCAGAGCGUCCUGGACGGCACCUCCAAGUGGUCGGCCAAGAUCACCAUCAACAUCGUCAGUGCACAGGGUCUCCAGGCCAAGGACAGGACGGGCUCCAGUGACCCGUACGUCACCAUCCAAGUUGGCAAAACCAAGAAGAGAACGAAGACCAUCUACGGAAACCUGAACCCGGUCUGGGAGGAGAAGUUCAGCUUCGAGUGCCACAACUCGUCGGAUCGGAUCAAGCUGCGCGUCUGGGACGAGGACGAUGACAUCAAGUCGCGGGUGAAGCAGCGUCUGAAGAGGGAGUCCGACGACUUCCUGGGUCAGAGCAUCAUCGAGGUCCGGACGCUGAGCGGAGAGAUGGACGUCUGGUACAACCUGGAGAAGAGAACAGACAAGUCGGCUGUGUCUGGGGCCAUUCGUCUUCAUAUCAGUGUGGAGAUCGAGGGAGAGGAGAAGGUGGCACCGUACCACGUACAGUACACGUGCCUUCAUGAGAACAUGUUUCACUUCUCCACGGACGUGGAAGGAGGCGGCGUGGUGAAGAUCCCAGGGGCUCAGGGCGACGACGCCUGGAAGGUUUACUUUGGCGAGGUGCAACAGGAUGUCGUGGACGAGUUCGCCAUGCGCUACGGCAUCGAGUCGAUAUACCAGGCGAUGACCCACUUCUCCUGCCUGUCCUCUAAGUACAUGCUGUCGGGGGUUCCAGCAGUGAUGAGCACCCUGCUGGCCAACAUCAAUGCCUUCUACGCCCACCCCACCGCCUCCACCAACGUCUCCGCUCCAGCCAGAUUCGCAGCCUCCAACUUCGGGAGAGAUCGAUUUGUGAAGCUCCUGGAUCAGCUGCACAACUCGCUGCGUAUCGACCUCUCCAUGUACAGAAAUAACUUCCCAGCCAGCAGCAAGCCUCGCCUCCACGACCUCAAGUCGACAGUGGAUCUUCUCACCAGCAUCACGUUCUUCAGAAUGAAGGUGCUGGAGCUGCAGAGUCCUCCCAGAGCUGCCAACGUGGUGCGGGACUGCGUCAAGGCCUGCCUGAACUCCACCUACGAGUACAUCUUCAACAACUGUCUGGAGCUCUUCAACCGCCAGUUCCAGUCCGCCGCCCCCCCCCCCGAGCCAGAGAAGAAGAAGAAGGAGAAGAAGAAGAAGAAGAAGGAAAAAGCUGAAGGAGAAGAGGGAGAGGAUGAUGAGGAGGAGGAGGAGGAGGAGGAAGAAGAGGAGGAGGAAGAGGAGGAGGAGGAGAAGAAGGAGGAGAAUCAGCCGGAGGAGCAGGGCCCAAGUAUUCAGAAUCUGGAUUUCUGGCCCAAACUCAUCACGCUCAUCGUCUCCAUCAUCGAGGAAGACAAGAACUCGUACACGCCCAUCAUCAACCAGUUUCCUCAGGAACUCAAUGUUGGUAAAGUCAGCGCGGAGGUCAUGUGGAGUCUGUUCGCUCAGGACAUGAAAUACGCCCUGGAGGUUUUGCAUCAAAUCGAUCACUGCCGCUGGAACAACGCCCCCAACACAUUCCGCAUCCGCAGAGUCGAUUUCUACGCUGAACACGAGAAACAUCGUCUCUGUAAGACGGCCGACUACAUGAACCUGCACUUCAAGGUCAAGUGGUUAUACAACGAGUACGUUCAGGACCUGCCGGCCGCCACAGACGCUGUGCCUGAGUACCCAGCGUGGUUCCUGCAGUUCGUCCUGGCCUGGCUGGCUGAGAACGAGGAGGUGUCCAUGGAGUUCAUGCACGCAGCGCUGGAGCGAGACAAGAGAGAGGGGUUCCAGCAGACGUCCGAGCACGCUCUGUUCUCCAGCUCCGUGGUCGACAUCUUCACUCAGCUCAACCAGAGCUUUGAGAUCAUCAGGAAGCUGGACUGUCCCGACCCGACCGUGGUGGCUCAUUACAACAGACGCUUCGCCAAGACGAUCACCAAAGUGCUGCUGCAGUACAGCGCCCUGCUGGCCAAGAGCUUCCCCUCCUACUGUGAGAAGGAGAAGAUCCCGUGCGUGCUGAUGAACAACAUCCAGCAGAUGAGGGUCCUCCUGGAGAAGAUGUUCGAGUCGAUGGGAGCGAAGCAGCUUACUGCUGAGGAGGAGAGGUUGGAGAAUGAGGAGGAACGUGACGAGUGUGAUGAGGAGGCCUUCUCUGACAAUGAAGGGGAGGAUGACAUGUCAGAGGAAUCCAAGUCUGGCUGCUCAGACUCUGAAGGAUCUGAGAUCGACAACAAGGACAAGGACAAAAAGACCGACAAGGAAAAGUCUGAGACGAGGAAGGAAAAGGCUGAAAAGAAAGACAAAGAGAAGCAGGAGGAAACUAAAAGCAAAGAGUUGAAGGAGGAAGUAAACAAGACCGAAGCCACAGCUGCCACCAACAAGAUGGAUACAGAGGCAGCUAACAUCCUGAAUGAGCUGCAGGUGAGGCUGAGCACCGUCCUGGACAACUUCAGCAUCGUGUUUGCCAAGAGUUUCCAGACUCGUAUCACCGGCUGCAUGCGUCAGAUGGCGGAGAUCCUCUACCAGAUCAAGGGGCCUCCCAAGCACGACACCGCCGAGGCAGAUGCCGACGCCAUGCUGAGGCCCCUCAUGGAGUUCCUGGAUGGGAACCUCAGUAUCUUUGCUGACAUCUGUGAGAAGACGGUGCUGAAGAGGAUCUUGAAGGAUCUGUGGAAGAUCGUCCUGAGCAGCCUGGAGAAGUCCAUCGUCCUGCCGCAGAGCAACGACAGCCUGGGAGCUCAACUCCUCACGGCAGCUAAAGGACUCUCGAAUCUCAAGGGAGGAAGUGAAGCCAAAACCCUGACGCCCAAACAGUGCAUCAUUAUGGACGCAGGGCUGGAGACCAUCAAGCAAUACUUCCACGCUGGAGGAAACGGGCUGAAGAAGGCGUUUGUGGAGAAAAGUCCUGAACUGGCGUCGCUGCGUUACGCCCUCUCCCUUUACUCCCAGAGCACCGACGCCCUCAUCAAGACCUUUGUCACCACGCAACACUCGCAGGUUCAUGAUGGGAUGGGCAUCAGAAUCACCGGCAAUGAAAAGAUUCGACCCGAUCGGGGUUCAGGGGUCCAGAGGCCGAUCGGAGAAGCCGUUCUGCAGAUUGAUAUGAUGCUCGGGAAAGAACGUAAGGUCAACGUCAGAGUCAUCGCAGUGAACGACAUGAAGUGGCAGACGUCAGGGAUGUUCCGGCCGUUCGUCGACGUCUCCGUGGUCGGUCCCUUCCUGGCCGACAAGAAGCGCAAGCUCACCACGAAAUCCAAGAACAACAGCUGGACGGCGAAGUUCAAUGAGGCUUUCCAGUUCAUCCUGGGUAAGGAGUCUCCAGACUGCUACGAGCUCCAGGUGACGGUGAAGGAUUACUGCUUCGGCCGGGCGGACCGGGUGGUCGGCAUGGCCGUGGUGCAGCUGCGCGACGUCGCCGACCGCAAGAGCUGCGUGUGCUGGUGUCCCCUGGGGCCGCGCAUCCAGACGGACGAGACGGGCAUGACGGUGAUGCGCAUCCUGUCCCAGCGACCGGCUGAUGAGGUGGCCAAGGAGUUUGUCAAGCUGAAAUCUGAGAUUCGUCCUGUGGAGGAGGGAAGAUGAGCAGAGGCACGGACGCCGGCGCUGGGAACUGGAUCAUAAAUCGAGAUCUGGGUUCAGAGUCAGGGCUGCGUUUUAGUUCUGUCGUCCUCAGCAAACAGAGGCCAUUAAAGUGUCUGAGUGAUAAUAUUCAACAUGGGGGAGAAGGACGCAGGAGAUAGAAGUGAACAAAAGAUGUUCUCUACAAUGUCAAAAAAGAAAAAUGAUUUUCAGAGAUCAUUUAAGUUCCACGGACGGACUAUUCAAGUCGUCAGUUACAUCCGGUGUCUGUCACCUGUCGACCAAUCUCGGGUUCUGUCUGCCUGACAGAACGAUAAGAUGCAAACGUAUCUUACAUCAGCUGAAUGGAGCCGUAAUCCCACAUUAUUAAAACCGUGUGAGGCCAAAUGAAUAUGUUCAGUGACAUCGGCAUCACUGUUUCCCAAAAGACAUCAUCAGAAACCUGCUGUCAACCAGCGAAGUGAUGUCAGAAAUAACAAAGUAGAAACAACAAUAAAAACAGCUCAUGAUAGAAGAAGUGCAUCAAACAUCAGCACCAGAUUCAUGCGGCGGUUCAUCCAGCGACUGUCUGUCGAGCAGCUGCGAGUAGAGAAGGGCGAAGUUCACGCUCGUCUCAGGCUCGUGCUCAUGGAAGCACUGAGAUACAUUUAGACACUAACAGACACAACUUCCCAGAAGACGUCACUAGAUACCAUCAAACAGCUAACUAAUAAAAAAACACAGUAACGUGAACGACUUACUUAGCGUGAGUUGUUGCAAAGAACGCGUAAAACCUUAUUUUCAGCAGUUAGCCAAUGAGAACUGCACCAGGGCUGCAAAAUAAAAGUAAAACGGCUCAAGAGAGAAGAAGUGCAACACACACAAAGCGACUGACGUCUGUAGCACCAGGUUCCUGGAGGUGGUCGGGACACAGCCGCCGAUCCAGAGCUUUUCUGGAGGGUCGACUUCAGACGGGGACGGAUUCUGUCCGGAUGCUGCUAACGCGUGUUGCUUUGUAACGACGAAACGCUUCGUCAUAUUUUUCCCAGAGUGAAAAUAUAAAACCUUGAAAAGAAAGAAAAACAAGACGCACUGCGGUCGGAUUUGCGCAUUGUUAAUGUUAACAAUAACGUAGCCUUAAAAGAAGCCAGCUGGCUAACACAGCUAGCUCACUGUACUCCUACCUAAAGCAUGAGUGGGUUCGUCACCAUUGACAUUUAAGUAAAAAUAAUUUUUUCCCUGAAGCAAAGAAUUCUGGGCAUCGUAGUUAAAAGAGUGAGACGAACAAAAUGCAGCUUCUCUGCCUCGUGAGAAGAAAAUGUGACGUCAGAGGUUUUGAAUUUAGCUCUUCUGUGUUAACCAGGUGUAAAUCAAACUGUGACUGUGACGACUGUUGACCUGUCGACCUGCUCUGAAUAGAAAACCAAAAAGACGACGCCUGUUUUUUAACGGUUCAAAAGUGCGAACACCUUUACGGAGAGAACCUGGAAUGGUUCUGCUAACAAUUCAAUGUUAUCCCCUUUUUACAGUUUUAAGAUUAAGUGUUUCCGACGCCACAGCCUUGCCGUGCAUGCACAGCCUGUACGGAUCAUACGAUUCCGAGUAUCUGAUUUUCUACCACGAUCUGAUGGAAAAGGAUAACACAUGCAGGUUUAACGUAUAGCUGAUCCACACUCUUCUCUGUUUACCACGUGCCAAGGAACUCGAGGGUUCAACGAGCUCCCUGUUGGAAUUCUGGGUUGGUCGGUCGGACGCAGACGUGGCCACGGUGAACGUCCCGCUUUCCGCUGCACGUUUGCCAAAAACUAGCUGCACUUUGGCUCCGAACUCAAACGGAUGUUUGGUCGAGACAAGAUAGUUUGGAGACUAGUUUAGAGUUUUGUCUUUUGCUUCUGUUGUAUUAAAACACAAAAACGUGCGUCCACAGUCGAGUAUGAGUGGGAUUUUUCACAGUGGCCACAGCUGCAGCGACGACUGAGCUCUUGCACUCGGUUUAAAACCAACUGUAAGUUUGUAAAAAAAAUAAAUAAAAGGAAAAUGCCUGUGAGCAGAGCAUGUAUUUAUUGUAUAAAACUUAACUAAAAUUGUGAUCUUUUUCAUGUCUGUACUGUGAAAUAUGAAGAAUGAUCAAAUGUAUGUAAAGUACUCAUCCUUAUUCUAAUGUGACAUAUGUUGAAUAUACUUAUUUUGUACAUAAAAUAUUUAUGAAUCAAG